GAAGGUGUGGUCUGGUCAGACCCAAACUGCUGAGGCCCUGCUGUCAACAGGCUGUGGCUCUGUGGCCCCAGGCCCCAUCAUUGCUCCAUACAACAUCAUCACAACCCGAUUCCAGGGCACUGACGCCGGCAGAGGCUUCUCAGCGGUCUUCAGCACCAGGUGUGGUGCAACCUUCACUGCCCCCAGCGGUCGUGUGGUUUCUCCAAAUUAUCCAGCCGACUAUCCUAACUACUCCAACUGCAACUACACCAUAGAUGUUGGAGAACAGACUGUGGUCGUCCUCACCUUUCAGGUCUUCCAGAUAGAAGGCAAGGAUGAGCAACAUACAGACAAUCACCUGCAGAUGUCUGGCCUUGCUUUCUGA